CAGCAACCGAGCAGCCUUGCGGGGGCUGAGGUCGGGCAGAGAAGCGGCAGUCGCCGCAGCAGGAGGGUCAUUGAAGCGGCGGCAUGUGGGCGCCCCUCGAGCAGCUCCUUCCCUCUCCCAGUGCAGGCGGGAGCGGAGGAGAGACUGGGGGAAUAUCCAUAGUAACAGGGGAUGCGAGAGGAGGGAGGCGCGGCGCUGCGCAGCGGUAGUUCGGCAACGUGCCCUCCCGCAACCGGCGCGGCGUGCUCCGAGACUCCUCCGUUCCGCACGGGAAAGCCCGGUUUUAAAAAUCAGCUUGCUGGGCCAUAGAAAACGCAUUUUGGCAUCAUUGGGAGACAGACUUCACGAAGACCCACCUCAGAAACCACCACGUUCUAUCACCCUCAGGGAACCCAGUGGUAAUCACACUCCUCCCCAGUUGUCUCCUUCGCUCAGCCAAAGUACUUACACUACUGGUGGUUCCCUGGAUAUACCACACAUUAUCAUGCAGGGAGAUGCAAGGAGAAGAAGAAAUGACAGCUAUUUUGACGAUAUUCCUAGGUCAAAACUGGAACGACAAAUGGCACAGUCGUCUGUCUGUGAAAUAUGGACCAACCAGAAUGCAGGAUAUCCUUACUCAGCAGUCCAUCAGGUUCAUAAUACUGGAGACUGGGGUGAACCAUCGAUUACAUUGAGGCCUCCUAAUGAAGCUACAGGAUCAACACCAGUACAAUACUGGCAGCAUCAUCCAGAGAAACUCAUUUUCCAGUCAUGUGAUUACAAAGCAUUUUAUUUAGGUUCUAUGCUGGUAAAAGAAUUAAGAGGUACAGAAUCUACACAAGAUGCCUGUGCAAAGAUGAGGAAGUCUACCGAACAAAUGAAGAAAGUUCCUACUAUUGUUCUAUCUGUCUCUUACAAAGGAGUAAAAUUUAUUGAUGCAACAAAUAAGAAUAUUAUUGCUGAACAUGAGAUUCGUAACAUUUCCUGUGCGGCACAAGACCCCGAAGACCUCUCAACAUUUGCUUAUAUUACAAAAGACUUGAAGACAAAUCACCAUUAUUGUCAUGUGUUCACAGCCUUUGAUGUGAAUUUAGCCUAUGAAAUAAUUCUCACAUUGGGACAGGCAUUUGAAGUAGCUUAUCAACUGGCACUUCAGGCUCGAAAAGGAGGCCAUUCUUCAACACUUCCUGAAAGCUUUGAUAAUAAACCUACCAAGCCAAUCCCAAAACCACGUGUUAGCAUCCGAAAAUCUGUGCAGAUGGAUCCCACUGAACAAAAGACUCUUACCAAUCUACCAUGGAUUGUAGAACCAGGACAAGAAGCUAAAAGAGGAAUUAAUACCAAGUAUGAAACCACAAUUUUCUGAUAAUGAACUGUUCAUCAUUUCUUGUUGUGCCUUGCACUCAAAGCAGUCACAGCACAGCCUUUCCAUGAUAAGCAACUCUUCAAUCUAACAGAGAGGAAGACUGCACUGAGUGGCCUUGAAACUAGCAAAAACAUAAAUAUAUAUAAAUAAAUAUAUAUAUAAAUAUAAAGGCUGCUGGUCAUUUCUGGUGAUUGUUCUUCCUGCAGCGUUGACAGAAGAAUGACAUGGGAUGAAGACUUUUGAAGGAGCCCACAAGAGAGGAGUAGGAGAUAGUUUUCGUGCACGCAAUUUUCUUAGGACUUUGCCACAGUGCUUUCUUUGAUUUCAUAUUUUAAUGUUCUACUUUUACAAAGGUCUCUAACAUUAAUGCUGCUUAGUAAUACAAUGUUCAGUUAUAGUUGGGUUUCUUAUUUGGCAAAUAUUGAAAUAGACCCAGAUUAUUUAAUACAAUAUUUGAGAAAUUAUGAAAAUCCUAUAUAAUUUUUGUUUUAAUAUGUUUAAAAAAUAAUAGCAAGUUAUUAAUUUCCUUCAUUUGUUAGUUGCUGUUUUUUGUAAACUACAUGCCAUUUAAUCAUCUGGAGAAAAGAGGUUCUAUAUAGCAGUGUGUUAAGAUUGAUAAAUGGUUUUAAGAAGAGGAAUUAAUAAUGCAUGAAAAUGCACCUUGUAUUUAAUAUUUUUGUGUGACAGAGGAAAAAUUAUAUGAAAAAGUGUGAAUAUUUAUGAUAAAGAAAAUCAUUAAUUAUGAAGAGAAUUUGGAUUUAAUUUGAAGUUAAACUGCUGCUGUACUGUUUGCAACAGUGGUAACAGUGGUGUCAUCUAUAAACUGGAUGCUUUGUACUUUGGAAGAGUAAAAUAAAAGCUGCCCAGCAAUUGCACUAAGAAAAAUGCAACUGUACACAGUUUUUCAAGUUAUUAUAGCCAUGCAUUUAAGCUUAUCAAUGUUUCAAAGAUGGUUUUAAUCCAACUGGAAUUUUUACUAAAUUUUCUGUCGCAGCUGAUUUUAAUGAAAAAGUUAAAUUCAAAAGAUUUUUUUCCUAAAUAAAGUUUAAAAAUAUCCAAAGUAAUAUACAUUGUUUCCACAAAAUAACCUGUUGAGCACUGGCUUAACAUGGAAUUUAAUGAAAUUUGCUUACAGUUUUGUUUUCAAGUAUUUUAAUUUUUUAAUGUCUUCGUGGAGUAUUUGUACAAUAACAUUUAUGUAUAUUUCAGUGGAACUGAAUAAAUUACAGUAAAAAUAUUGAUCAUAGGCAAAAAAACAGCAUUUUAAAUGUAUAUUCUAUCCAGUCAAAUUGUGAGUCAUUUUGGACAUCAUUAUAGAGAUAUUUAUGAAUAGUGUGGUUGACUUCAAUGUUUUUUAUUAUUCUUUCAUAUCUAACUGAAAAUUCAGUUACACUCAAUGGAAUUUUUAGCAAAAUUGAUAAUGAAACUCGAUUUAAAACUGAAAAUUGUAUAUGGUUUAGUUGAUCCUAAUCAUAGCGCUGGAUGACAAAAGAACCUUUUAAUACAAUAUACUUGAACCAAUUAGUUCCUUGUAUAUAUUUUGCCUAUCAUUGUUGAUAUGUAUGUAGUAGGCUGAUAUUAAACACUGAAAAUAGUACCCAAAGGAACAUUGUAUAGGAACAAGCAAAUAGUAGCCUCAC